GUGUUGGACAAGACAGCCUGAUCCUUUGGCCUGAUGCAGCAGCCAGGCUGCUCUUACCUUCUCAAGGCAAUGGGAUUUGAUUUUGAGGGGAAAAUGCGGCUUUAAUGCCCCUGGCAGCGCAAUCGUAUUUUUAUUUUUUGUACCAUAUAUUUGUAAACUUAGAGACUACUGUAGUUAAGCAGUAUACUAAAUUGCUUAAAUCCAUACAUAAAACCAGAAGUAAGUCUCAUUCAAUCUGUAUGGGAUUUACUCCCUCCUAGGGAAACGUGCUAGGAUCGCAGCCACCUUGGUAACGAAGGGAGUUGGGAUCCGGGAUCGGAAGGUGAUAUAUUUUAUAACAAAUGCAAGUGAUAUAAUAUAAAAGAACCUUUUUCCUUUUUUUUAAAGGAAGACGGUGGAUGAUGGUGGGCAGAGUGAGGCGAGGCAACUUUCCUCCGCCAAAGUUGGAGCCAAGGCGAAAGCGUGACCUCACAAAAGCCGCCUAGGGAAUAAGGCUGCGGCGGCAGGCCCCUUUGGCGGGCCGGGCCGGGCCCCGUCCAGGCGCCGCGCGGCGGGCGAUGGGCUGUGUGGAAUCCAAUGAAGUGCUUUCCUCCGAAGCGAUAGACACAAACUCAGUAGCAGCACCACCCGCGCCCCAAACGACUGCUCCAGCCUCGGAAAAAGGUGACGCCUCCUCCGCAUCCCCGAUGGCAGGAGGGAAUCCCGCGGAGGGGUUUCCCCUCACCGGAGCUGGGAAAAUUCGGGGAAUCCCCAGCGCCCUGCGCACGUGGGCAGGCAGGCCCUCGGAUGGAACCUAAGGGGCGAGAGAGGUUCGAAGAGGGUGGGGCCUCGGGAAGGGGGCGGAACUCGCGCAUGCAAGUGGGAGGAGCUUGUGGAGGAAUCGGCCCAGGCAACAGGAGGGAGGAUUCCGAUGGGAGGAACUUGACAGGAGUUAGGCGAAUAUUUUCCAUUCCUGCUAUAAAGCUGAAUGAGUAAAUGCAGUUUCCAACUGCAAUAAACCAGCUGUUAGCAUGCUCCCCCAUUAUUAUUAAUUAAUAAUAAUAAUAAUAAUAAUAAUAAUAUCAUUAAUUCUGUUGGGAGCCACCCAGUGUGGCUAGAGAAACCCAGCUAGAUGGAUGGGGUAUAAAUAAUCAUAAAUUAUUAUUAUUUAUUUCACAUCAUCGCAGAGAUGUGAUGCUUUCACUUUUAAACAAAACACAGUUGUGUGAUCAAGGUCCAGACUCUGGUUAGUAAGAACAAGCCAGGAUCAAGCUGAAAUCUCAAAUCCUAGCAAGUUCUAAAACCCAUCACUCAACAAACCAAGGUUUUCUUAAUCAUAUGUGUAUAAAAGAGGAAAACAGGGUGCACAAACCCAAAUGCUCACUGUGGUUGUUCACACUGUAGGAAACCAUCAUUUCACAUUGCAGAUUUUUCGGGGCGCUUAUAUAUUCAUACAUUUUUUUCCUUGUAGAUUUAAUUUAAACCAGAAGCUGCCUUAUACAUUAGAGGAUACACUUGCUUAAAUUCCUUCUUCAGCACAAUUAGUAAGCCCUGUCCUUGUGCAUCUGGCCACCCUGAGGAGAAUAUGCUUCUAAACAAGAUCAUGAUAAUCUAAUUUACAACCUUAAAAACUAAUCAGUAAAUAGUGAAAUAAUAACCUAAUAUAAAUAGCCUUUUCAGCUUCUUACCAAUGUAGGAGAAACUGAUAUAGAUUUUAUUUUUUUUAAGGCUGCAAACCUCUGCACAUGCAUCUGCAAAUAAACCCAAUUAAACAAAAUGGGACAGCCUCUGGAUGAACAUGCAUAGGAUUGCUUUAUUAAAAUGUAGACUGAUGCUAGAUUAGCUAACUGCAAAUAGUCCCAAACCUUGAUAGCCCUGCAGAACAAGGUUGGGGAACCUUCCAGAUGCUGCUAUCCUACAACUCCCAUCAUCCCAUUGGCCACACUGGCUGGGGCAGGUAAGAGGGAGAGAUUAUUUAAACAGAAGCAUUCUGACCAGAUAAUGAGUAGUAGCUCCAUUCUAUUCUCUGCUGGUCGGAAUAUAUGUAGAGUAGUUCUGAGCACCACAUUUUAAGAAGCAUGAUGAUAAACUGCAGCAUGUUCAGAAGAGGGCAACUGGGAUGGCGAAGGAUCUGGAAAGCAUGUCCUAUGAGAAACUGUUGUGGGGGACAAGGAAGAGGAGCAGGGUAUGUUUACCCCGAAGAAGCAAAUAUUUAAGUAGACAUGAAAGUGGUCUUCAAAUAUCAGAAGGCCCGUCACACAGAUGAUGCUGACCUAUUUUCAGUUGCUUCAGAGGACAGUGGCUUGCAGUCAGUGGACUAGGGGGACUUGGUUAGUCCCCUAAAUGUUCCUGGUAAAUUAGAAUGAUGGGGUCCAAGAGCCCUCCCGCCACCUUCCCAAAGCCCUCCCGGAGGCAGCAAUGCUCCAAUAAUCUGUCAGAAGCCUGGCAACUCCUUCCCAAAGCCCAGUAAGUUUCUGACCUGCUUAAGAUGCUCACACGUGCAUCUCCCCCCCCCAUCACCCUUGCAAGCUGGUGCCUCUGGCCCUAACUGUUCCCCUCCAAAAAAUUUAAUUGCAUGCCAUGGACCAGCAAGUUGUAUCUAACCAAGUUAUACUGAGAGUAGACACAUUAAUGGAUAGAAGUUCAUCACAUCUAUUCACUUAAAUAGGUCUGCUCCAGCUAUGGCUACCAUUACAACCCAAUGUUUAGAAACUGGAACUUGGAGCCUCCAUGCCUGAACUUGCUAGUGCAUCCAUCUUAAUUGCACCAGACCUCUUCCAACACACAGGGCCUGCUUGCGGGUUUUGUAUAGGCACCUAGAUGGCUCCUCUGAAUAGAGGACUAGAUGGGCCUUUGCCUUGAGCCAGCAGGACUUUUCUUCUCAACAUGCUGCCACAGCAGCAUGCAAGCUAUCCCAGAACAGCAAGAGUUUCAGCGGCAGCCAAUGCCACCCAGCAAAAUUGGUGCUUGUAGCAUUGGUCUCUGGUGUCCAAUUAUGCCAUGUGUUGGCACAGGGUCCUUUAGAGGGUUAUGGAGACCAAAAGGCUAAAGCUGCCCUGGUUUUGCUGCCCCCCCCCAUUGACAUGAUCUUAUAAUUUUUGUUUGCAGUGAAAAAAAAGAGAAGACAUAGCUUAAGGGAAAGGUGGGCAACUGGGAAGAAGACAUCUACCGAAGAUCUGGGCAAUCGGACUGAAAGCACAAAGAUCCACGUGAUCUGGAGACGUGUUUCUCUCUUCAGCACAAAGCGAGAUUCCUUGAAGAGCAUGAGCGCAGAAGUGGCUGGGCCCAGUCAUCUGAACAGCGAUCAAGAACCUCAACCCGAUACCUCUGAGAAAUUUGGGGAAACUUACUGAGGAGAGAGAGAAUGUGGACAGAGAAUACAGAGCAGGCUAUGGCAGCAUUGCUGCAAAAUACAGGCAGUCUUACAGCUAAGGGGAAUAAACUUUAACUAUCACGCA